AUGAUCCCGUUCACUGCUCAAUAUUUACUAGUAUGCGGCUACGUCAUACUCCUUGGAGUUAUCUUGCUUGAGAGGAGCGGUUACUCGGCAUUUGGCCUGCUAGAGAAACGCCAGGACUACUUCCACAACAGCCAUGCUAUAAUGCUGAGCUCGAGGCAGGACCUCGGUGUCAGCGGGCCAGCCCUCUACGAAUUGUUUGAAAAGCACUUGCUAGAUGCAUACAGAAUUCCUGGCAGGUAUCCCGGUGGAAUAUCUACGCUAUAUGACACAUUCAGUGAGUAUGUGUUCAAGGGCACCUCCCAUGAGAAUUGCUCCGUGGAGACCUCGGCUGUCGCUAAGCUUACCAGAGAUGUCACUCCACUGCCUAUCCACUCCCAUAAUGACUACUGGCGGGAUGUGCCUUUACUAAAGGGCCUUGCUUAUGGAUCUGUUAGUACCGAGGCUGACGUGUGGGUACACCCACACAAAGAUCAUCCUUACAAUAGUUCUACCGACAAAUUGGAAGACUAUGUACUUGCAGUGGGACAUGAUGAGGACUACAUAGACCCACUAAGAAAGACUCUGGAAAAGUUGUAUACAGACCCGCUUCAAAGCUUGUUGGAAGGUGUAAACUGUGGAAAGAGCAAUAACAGUAAAACUCAGAAGAAUGGUGUCUUUUAUACAGCCAAUCACAUACCACUAUUUUUUUACAUUGAUUUCAAGUCUGAUGACAAUAUUCUGACAUACAAACUAUUGCUUGAAAAGUAUUUCACUCAGUUAAUCCAGGCUGGCUACUUGACUUACUAUGAUAUGGAUACUGGUAAGAUCAUCCAGGGGCAAGUCACUGUAAUCAUGACUGGUAAUUACCCAAAUAAUACAGAUGUCUUAGACAAUGGCAAGGCAGAUGGUUAUUUUGGUGACCGCAAGCGAUAUUUGUUACAGGAUGCCAACCUGCUCGAACUCAACGAAGAGUCAGCUAAAAUGGCUGUCACCGCAUCCACAUCACUCUCAGAAAUUUUGAAGAUGGUUGGCUCCAGCAACUUAAAAGUAAUAAUGAGAGGCCAUUUGGACAAAGAAGAAAUAACAGCAAUUAAAAAAUACAUCGAUAAUGCUCACUCAUUCGACUUGAAAACAAGGAUAUGGGGGGUUCCAAGUUGGCCUCGUAAGACCAUGAAGAGGCUCUGGAAACAACAAAUUGAGGACUUAAACUCGGAUUUCCUCAACGUAGAUGACUUAAAGGCCGCAGCUAUGUUUUAA